AUGGCUACAAUUACGCAAACUGACACCGCUACGUCGGAACCUGUUUUUGAGCUUCGCGAUACAACGAACCCAAGAGAUGGCUCACUCAACGACAAUCCACCCCGGUCACCAUCCAAUAAGCCGAAUACUGCAGAACUUCUCAAAAUAUUCAGUGCUGGCUUCUCAUUCUUUGUCGCUGGCGUCAAUGAUGGAAGUAUCGGCGCGUUGGUGCCUCACAUCAUCCGCGACUACGAUGUCACGACCGCCAUCGUCUCAUCAGUAUAUGGCUCAAAUUUUAUGGGCUGGUUCUUUGGCGCCUUCUCAAAUACUCAUCUCUGUCAAAUGCUCGACCUCGGCUCCAUGCUUGCUCUAGGUGCUGUCCUACAGGUCAUCGCCCAUGCUCUGCGUGCUUGGAAACCGCCGUUUGCGCUAUUCGCUGUCACAUUCUGGUUGGCAAGCCUGGGGCAGGCCUAUCAAGAUACACACGGAAAUACGUUUGUCGCUGGAACAAAAGGUUCGCAUCGAUGGCUAGCAUUUAUCCACGCCAUGUACAUGGCCGGGUGUCUCGUCGGACCAUUUGUGGCAACAGGCAUAGCUUCAGUGGGAAGUACUUCAAGAUGGUAUCUCUUCUACACCUUCCCGCUUGCUAUUGGUGUACUCAACGUUGCGUUCGUGAUCUAUGCGUUCUGGGAUAGUCUCAAACUCAAGAGAAAACAGAAGCCGACAGAGAGGACACUGGAAGCUGACGAGUCCCCUGCAUCGAGGAAUGAAGACGCGUUCUCUCUCAUCAAGGAGACUCUCAGAAACAAGAAUGUCUGGCUCGUGAGCAUGUUCUUUUUCUUCUUCCUUGGCGCUACACUCACUGCCAGCGGAUGGGUGGUCGAGUACCUCGUUGACGUGCGCAACGGUGAUCUCAACCAGAUGGGAUUUGUACCUGCUGGAUUCAGCGGAGGGUCGUUACUCGGAAGACUAUUUCUCGCUGAGCCUACUCACAGAUUUGGGGUGCGAAGGAUGAUCUUUGGAUUCACCAUCAUCAGUAUUGCCUUGCAACUCUUAUUCUGGCUUGUUCCAAACAUCAUUGCUGCAUCCAUAGCAAUCAGUCUUUUAGGUUUCUUUAUGGGUCCAUACUUUGCAACAGGAAUCAACGUUGGUUCCAAAUUGUUCAACCCGCGCAUCCAAUCUACAGCGUUGGCAUUCGUUUUUGUUUUCGCACAGCUUGGAGGCUGUAUGUUCCCCAUUAUCACUGGUCUUGUAGCAGCCAGUGCUGGCGUCGGAGUUUUGCAGCCUGUUCUUUGUGCCCUUUUGGUUGCCACAGCUAUCUCAUGGUUGUUUGUUCCGAUGCCCAAGGAGAGUGACAAUCCGACAUUGCACCAAGAGUGA